AUGAGGAAGGGUAAUGGAAGCACAUUCUCUGAGUUCAUCCUCCUGGGGCUCCCCAUCAGGCCAGAGGAGCAAGGCCAGUUCUAUGCCCUUUUCCUGGCCAUGUACCUGACCACUGUGCUGGGGAACCUGCUCAUCAUCCUGCUCAUCAGGCUGGACUUCCGUCUCCACACCCCCAUGUACUUCUUCCUCAGCCACUUGGCUUUCACGGACAUCUCCUUCUCCUCUGUCACAGCACCAAAGAUGCUCAUGAACAUGCUGACACAGAGCCGGUCCAUCUCAUAUGCUGGUUGCAUUUCCCAGGUGUAUUUUUUCUUAUUUUUUGCAGAUCUAGACAGCUUCCUCCUCACUUCGAUGGCCUACGACAGAUAUGUGGCCAUCUGUCACCCCCUGCACUACACCACCAUCAUGAGUCAGAGCAUCUGCUUCCUGUUAGUGACGGGCUCCUGGGUUUUGUCCUUUGCAGGAGCCCUUGUACACACCCUCCUUCUAGCCCGUCUUUCUUUCUUUAUAGACAACACUCUCCACCACUUCUUCUGUGACCUCUCAGCCUUGAUUAAACUAUCCAGCUCAGAUACCACUGUCAAUGAGCUGGUUAUCCUCAUUGUAGGAUCAUUGGUCAUUACCCUACCAUUUGUAUGCAUUCUGGUCUCUUAUGGCCGCAUUGGGGCCACCAUCUUGAAAACUCCCUCCUUGAAGGGAAUCUGCAAAGCCCUGUCCACAUGUGGUUCUCACCUCUCUGUGGUUUCUCUGUACUAUGGAGCAAUUAUUGGGCUCUACUUUGUCCCCUCAUCCAACAACACGAACGACAAGGAUGUCAUUGUGGCUGUGAUGUACACGCUGGUCACACCCAUGCUAAAUCCCUUCAUCUACAGCCUGAGGAAUCGAGAUAUGAAAGGAGCUCUGAAAAGUAUCCUCAGGAGAGGAACCUUUUCAGUGUAG